AUGGCGCGUUCUAAGUGCCGGCAGAAGCAGGUUACUAAGUCGAGCUGCAUUACUUCUCUAGAGAUCCUAAGUUCUCUUGUCCUCAAGCUUUUGGACUCAGCCGAUGUUUCAGAUAAAGCUUCCAAAAGCCUGUAUUUGUUUCUCGAAAAAAGGGCCAUGAAGUAUGCGAAGGAUUGCGAGUCGCUUCGCAUUGAAAGGGAAAAGCUGCUUAAAGAGAGGGAAACCUUGUACGGUAGACUGGAUCAUGUAGAGGAGCAAAAUCGCCAGCUAGGCGAAGAAGCGCAGCGUCUCCAGCGACAGCUUGAGGUUAUCCGCGAGGUCCUCCGUGACAAUGAUAUUGACAAAGCAAAGGAGCGUCUUGUCCAGCUCGAAGAAUGCGGUUGGAUGCGUUCUCCAACACCAGGUCGGUGUGUAAAUGGCCGUAUUGACCAUUCCGCUGGGUCCCUGCUUGAUUCCGAAAAUGCUUCUUCUGGAGACUCUGAUGUUGAGUUGAAGAGCCCAAAAGCUUCGGCUGGCCGCAAAAGGUCUCAUCCUGUCGGAGGCAUUCUUCGACGUUCGGCGCGACUUAGCGCUGGCAAGAAUCUAAAACCGUCAUCGUCCAAUGACCAUCCGGCUUUUUCCUUGACGAAAUCUGUGAUUUCUCGAAAGCGAAUUUCGUCAGACUCUGCUAGCAGUUACCAUGACAUUGCAUUUAAAAGAAUUGCAUUUGAUGAGGCUAAGCUGGAGUCAGAUGGUGUAACGGAGGGUAUUUGUAGUGCACAUGAGACGGUUGAUUCCACCUCACAUUUAGACACCAGCAGUUUUAGGACGCCUGUUCGGCCAACGACGACGGGUAAUCGUUUGACUCGUCUUCACCAGUUCGUGUCUAUUUCUUCGCUACGCCUUCAAAUGUGCGGAUGCUGUGGCAAACGUUUUGCCUUAGGCAGGCCUGCUCUUCGCUGCAAAAUCUGCAGACUUGUCGUCCACGAGAACUGUCAGAAUCGGCUAAAGCAGCGCUGUGUACCUCCAACGGACAUCCAUUCAUCACCUAACCGAGCUGGUGAACCCCCGCUCACCCCACUGUCUACCGCCCUUUCGAGACGCUGUUUGGGCGCGUCCAUUAUCAGUGCGUCACCGGCUGUCGGGACCCCUUCCUCCGCGAGCAAGCACCGGGUUUUCUCGUGGCACUCCGUCCCUCUUGCUUCCCUCUGUCCUCCCAAUGAAUUUCCUAAAAUUCCAGCCCCCGUCAUUCAUUGUGUUAACGAGGUAGCUGCUAGAGGCCUUCUUCAAGUUGGCAUAUAUCGUGUCCCUGGAGCCGAAAAGAAGGUUUUUGAAUUGUUGGACAAGUUUAUGCACGGUCGGACAACUCCCAGUCUUGCGUUGGUGGAGGACAUCAACGUGGUGUGCUCCUGUCUCAAAGCCUUCCUCCGCCUUCUCAGUGAACCACUGGUCACGUACGCCCUCCGUCCAGAGUUUAUAGAAUCCGCAGAGUUGUCACUUCGUGACUCUGAGGGCGCCAAACAUCGAGUGGCCACGUUAAUGGACAAAUUGCCCAUUGCGAAUCGUGACACAUUGGCCUUCAUCAUUCUCCACCUCAAGGCCGUCUCAAGGUCAUCGACAUGUCGAAUGGGGGAGAUGAAUUUGGCCAAGGUCUUUGGAUAUACUCUGGUCGGUCACUCAUGCCCUGAGCCCUCUCUUACACAGGCUGCUAAUGAGGUGAACGGACAGCAGUCGGUUGUACGUCUCCUCUUGUCUGUGCCGGACCUUGUUUACUCCACCAUUCUCGACUAG